GGGCUGUUGGAUGAGCAGGGCACAGUCACGUAGACACAGAGGAGGACAGCUCACGAGAGGCAUAGCUCCAUAGCUUCUGCUGGUGAGAAUGAAAAUUGCAAAAGUUGACCUCACUAUGAAUCUCUAUAAAGAGUUGCAUCGCUGCUUCCUACAAAUAAUAGCACCAUGUGGAUGAUCAAAUUCUUGGCUCUUGGCCUCCUGCUCACUGCAGAUGCAGCAGUAGAUAAGAAAGCUGUGGAGAAAGCAGCCAAAGAUGCUCCAGCAGAGAAGAAGAUCAGUGAACACGCCAGCACCAUUGCUGACCGAAGUGCUAACCUGGGAUAUAACCUCUAUCACACCAUGGCCAAAGACAAAAAGAUUGAGAACAUCUUGCUCUCACCCGUGGUGGUGGCUUCAUCUCUUGGUCUGGUGAACCUUGCCGGUAAAGCCAGCACUGCUGCCCAGGCCAAGGCAGUCCUUAGCGUUGACAAGUUGAGCGAUGAGCUUGUCCAUGCAGGCCUGGCUGAGCUCCUCAAUGAAGUCAGCAACUCCACUGCCCGUAACGUCACCUGGAAAAUUGGAAACCGUCUCUACAGCCCAAGCUCCAUCAGCUACUCUGAUGACUUUGUGAAGAGCAGCAAAAAGCACUACAACUACGAACACUCCAAGAUUAAUUUCCGGGAUAAGAGAAGUGCCCUUAAAUCCAUCAAUGAAUGGGCCACUCAGACUACGGAUGGCAAGAUCCCUCAGGUGACCAGUGAUGUAGAGAAGACUGAUGGAGCCCUCAUUGUCAACGCCAUGUUCUUCAAGCCUCACUGGGAUGAGAAGUUCCACCACAAGAUGGUUGACAACCGUGGCUUCAUGGUGACCCGCUCUUUCACCGUGUCUGUCCCUAUGAUGCAUCGCACAGGUCUAUACAAUUACUAUGAGGAUGAGACCAACGCCCUUCAGAUGAUAGAGAUGCCCCUGGCCCACAAGCUGUCCAGCAUGAUCGUCAUUAUGCCCCACCAUGUGGAGCCCCUGGAGAGAGUAGAGAAACUCCUGACCAGAGAACAGGUCAAAACAUGGCUUGGAAAGAUGCAGAAGAAAGCAGUUGCAGUGUCCUUGCCCAAAAUCAGCAUGGAAGUCAGCCACGACCUUCAGAAACACCUGGGUGAACUUGGUCUGACCGAAGCCAUUGAUAAAACCAAGGCUGACCUCUCCAAAAUAUCUGGCAAGAAGGAUCUCUACCUCUCCAGCCUGUACCACGCAGCUGCUCUGGAGUGGGACACCGAUGGAAACCCCUUCGAUGCGGACAUCUACACCAGAGAAGAGCUUAGAACACCCAAACUCUUCUACGCCGACCACCCCUACGUCUUCCUUAUCAAGGACAAGAAGACAGACUCCAUUCUCUUCAUUGGUAGAUUAGUCAGGCCAAAAGGUGACAAGAUUUUUUUUGUUUGGUAG